ACAAUAUCCUGCUCUAUCACAUCGUCUAUACGAAUCUAUUCUACUGAGCAGACCUAGGAUUACAAAUGGUUGUCCAAAUCCGCACUAACCAACAUCAGAGCAGCAAGAUGACAGAGACUGGCCAGCAUCAGCACAAAGUAGAAGCCAACAUCCUGGUGCUGGGCGCAGAGAAUGUGGGCAAAUCUGCCCUGACAGUUCGUUUCCUAACAAGGCGAUUUAUUGGCGAAUAUGUUGGCACAGAAUCAAUUUACACUCAGAAUGUCACUGUUGAUGGCCGAGAGACUUAUUUUAGCAUUUGGGACUCCGUAUGCCCAGAGAAUCCCAGUAUUCAGAGCUGUGUUACAGAGGAGCAGUUACGCUGGGCUGAUGGUUUCAUCCUGGUCUACAGUAUAUGUGACCGAGACAGCUUCAAUGUAGUUCGACAGCAGCUACAGAGAAUCCGUCAGCUUAAGAAGCGUCAUGGUUCCUCACCAGUUAUCAUUGUGGGCAAUAAAAGGGACCUGCAGCACAGACGGGAGAUCACCAGUGAAGAAGGUCGCAUGCUGGCUCUUACUUCGGACUGUGGCUUCUUUGAGAUUUCUGCAGCAGAGACCUAUCAUGGCUCUCUGGUUGUCUUUCACCAGUUACUGGAAAUGGUGAGAGACUCAAGGAGCUCUAGCAAGAAGAACGCUGGCUUUAAGGGCAUAGUUCGAAGCAUGUCUGCUGUGUUUGGGAGAAGGAGGACCGAGUGAGAGUCAGAAAUCACCUUGAAACCUAAUGUGUGAUUUUCACUAAAAGUAUCGUCUGGACUUUCUAUCCAGCAACUCACUGCUUGUUUUGGUUUACCAAGUCCAGCUAGAAGAGAUGAAGACCUUUUGUUUGCUAGAACUCUAGUGAAUUAUUUUCUUCAACAGUUUAACCAUGAACUAGUUAUUGCACUGGGAAAUGUUGCACUCAUCGAUUUGGGGGUCACUUAACUGGCAAGGACAUUGCCCUCUGUUCCUCUGGUGGUACAACAGGAUUCUCCUGCUGCAGCAUUUUUCUAUUGUCCUUUUCAAUCUGCAUGUCCACUGACUCAUGGAGAUUCAACUAUUAUGCAAUCCUUACAAUGUAUUCUGCUGGCACAUGGAAAAGCAAUGUGCCGAGCAAGACUUGUUUGUAGUGGUCAUGAUGAUUUUUGUUUUUUCAUUGGCUACCUACUGUAUUGGCUAUUGGUUGACAACACAUUCUUAGGGGAAAAAGAGGACAAUGACUGAACAAGUAUAAGAGCUACUGCUCUGUAUAACUUUUUGCCACCCCCAUUAUUUACACUUAUUGUGUGCAUCUUCAGAUUUGCAGAGGGCUGUUGUACUUUAUUUGGGGAAAUGUGUAUUGUUUUUCAUUAUGUUGCUCUGGGAGAAAUAUUUGCACUAAAAGGGUCAGAUGUACACUGCUGUCAUGUUUUGCCCUGCUCAAAAUCUUAUUUCACAUGGUUGCCACAGCAAUUAAAGGGACACGAAACCCAAUUUUUUUUUAUUUCAUGAUUUAGAAAGAGCACUCAAUUUUAAACAACUUUCCAAUUUGCUUCAAUCUCUUGAUAUCCUUUGUUGAAAAGCAUAUAUAAAUAGGCUCAGUAGCUGAUGAUUGGUGGCUGCACAUAGAUGCCUUGUGUGAUUGGCUCACCAAUGUGCAUUGUUUCUUUAACAAAGGAUAUCAAAAGAAUGAAGCAAAUUAUCUGAAUCGCAAAAGAAAAAUGUUGGGUUUAAUGUUCCUUUAAAUUCUUCUUUAAACAGAGACAAUUCUAAACGUUCACUAAUAAAUAAUACAAUAGUAUACCCAUAGUUAAUCAGUGUCUAGGUAGCUGUAAAUGUUCCACUGCCUUUUUGUUUCCACCAGUAUGAUUAAUGCUUUUAAAGGGAAAGGUAUUACCAGAAGGUUUGGUAGGAGCACCCUGUAAUGUAUUUUGAACAGCAAGACAAUGUGAUUUAAUACAUAAGUAUGUUUUGUGAAUUUAUACGUCUAUGAAUUGUUUAGAAAAAAAACCUUUAAAUAUUUUUAUGUUGUGAAAUUAAAUGUUUCUUUUCCAACACAAAUGCAGGGAUUGUAAAUAAAAUCACACCAUGACAUUGUGAUAAAACUAAGUUUUAAACACACCCACCCAAUACUCCUAUAACAAAAAAGCUAAACAUAGGAGUUUUAAACUUUUCUCAGUGAAUUACUGCAGUGUCAAAAACAGUAUAUAUAGUUGUGUAUAUUUAUGUACAGGUGUAUAGAGAGGCUUUAUUAAAUUAUUUUGAGGGCUGCAGUCCAGGAAAAAAAAUGUUUACAUAAAUGGACUGAUCUGUUUUCAACUUGCACAUGUAUAUAAUGUUUAAGAAAAAAAUGUUCUUAUUUUUUAUGAAAAUAAAGUUUGGAGCUCAAAAUAUUAAA